AUGACGGAGCAAGGUUUCUGUGCUGUUGACAUAAUGACUUCCAAAUUUGGGGGUGUGGAUUUGAUUUGCACAUCACUUCAAAUCACGGGUCACGGGCUCGCAACGUUGAACACAGCCACCAUCCCUCCAGCUCUUUCCGACUCCGAGGAAAGUCCCCUUCGUUUCCGCAAGGUAGACAACAUCGAAUAUCGGCUCGGGGGUACCAACACAAAAAGAAAACUAGUGAUGUUGGAAUUGAAGGAGCAGGUACCUGAGGUACCUUUAAGUUGGUAUUUCAAGUACAUUCUGCCCCCUCUUCCCGAUGGGAUAGAUACAAAGAAGAUUGUUGCCUCGUUGAAGAAGUCCAAAGCGAUCAAGAACAAUUCAUGGGCCGGCAUCCCAGAGCAUCCACGUGACGACAGCCGACAUGAAGACGACGUCUAUGCUGGACUCGAGAACGUAUUUGAGAGAAUCGUUGACGCUGCGAAGACGCAAAUCCCUGGACUUGAACAGAAGUCUGCCUUGAAGCUUACUCCUCAUGCAAAAGCAACUUCCGAACGUGAUAGUACUACAAUGCCCGAUGGCCAUUUCACAUCAAUCGACGAAGCUGUGCGAUUAAGUCGUUCCGGAGAAGAACCGUCCCUUUACCAAGUCUGGAACUCUCAUGAGUUCAAAAAGGGUAACGAGAGAGUGCGGGACAUCAUGAACCAAUGUGUUUCUCAGGUUGUCUACAACAUGCAACAAAUCAUGGCCUUGGACCCGUGUCGGCGGUUUACGUUUGGGACGUCGAUCAUGAAUCGCUCGUUCAGACUUUGGUUUUGCUCUCGCGGUGCAUUCUUCACAGCUGAACCUUUUGAUUUUAUAUCAGAACCUGAAAAGCUUGUUCAUGUUUUUUUAGCUUUUGCGUUCGCAUCACGUACUGAUGCGGGCUGGGAUCCAUCCAUGUCGUUUAUCUUGCCCGCCUCUCCUACAGAAAAACGACAAUAUCGAAUCCGAGUUGGGGACAAGACCUACAUCACUGUCAAGAUGCUCUCUGAUCAUGCAGCGGAUAGCCCAAUUGGCCGUGGCACACGUGUUUGGCUUGUCAUCGAUGAGGCUGGUCCACCUGACUGUUAUUAUGUUCUCAAGGAUGUCUGGGUCGACAAUGGCCGCGAAACUGAAGAUGAAAUUCGUUCAAACCUUCUCAAGGAUGUUGAGCUCAAAUGUGGUUCCGAUGCUUGCGCAACGGUCAAAAAGCAUCUUCUUACCCCAAUUGCUUUUGAAAAGCUCCUCAUUGGCACCAAUGUCGAUGACACAUCUCAGGUAAUCAUGCGGGGUGGUUCCCUACCUAAGACUCUCCAACACCUCAAGUUGUUUGUACCUCAACAAUCUCGAUCUACGACCCGAAGUCAGGUAUCAACCAGGCAAAACCCUGUGGAUGCAGUCUUUUCUGGGACAUCAGCACGUUAUCUUCCGGUUGGGGAUCCAGUGCAAAAUGGUCCCCAAGUUACAUCUCGAUACCACUAUCGUAUCGUAUUUCAGGAAUACGCAACCACCAUGUAUGACGAGAAGAAUCUGGGCAAUGCUCUUCGAGCAUUGGCUGAUGUGACUGAUGCUCUACGGUGGAUUCAUAAGAGCCAAUGGGUCCACAGAGACAUAAGCUCCGGCAAUGUCUACUGGUACGACUGCGGGGCUGUGGGCCUCCAAGGUUCGAACCGAGGACUUUUAGGGGACUUGGAAUUCGCUAAAGUACGGAAACCGGCCUCCACUCAUGAAGUUCGCACGGGCACGUUUAACUUCAUGGCUUCUGAAGUUAUCACUGGCCGCUACUUGUUCUUACCCGCCGAAGACUCAUAUGGUGGCCCAGAACAAAUCCCAACAAGUUCAAUCGACCAGCCACCUUUCGCCUUCAACCCUCUUCAUGAUAUAGAAUCCAUCUGGUGGAUUCUUGUCUACCUUCUUUACUUCAAUGAUGACAAGGAACAUAUUGCUGAUCUCGAGCUUGCUACUGCCCGCGCUCAGAAAGCCUUGGUUCUAUUCACACAAAUCCUGGAUCGAGCAAUGUUCCUACAGACUUCCCGUCAAUUGACGGUGGAAGGAACUUCUUUAUCGCCGUCUUUCCGGUUCGUCAUCAAUACCUUACGUGCAAUCGCAAUAAAACUUCAUACUGCAUUUCGAGACUCAGAGGCGAAAAUAUCCGUCAUCGAAGAAACAGCUUUCGAUAUUCACGAAUAUGUGGUUCAAGCUCUGAGACUGCCUUGUAACAAUCCUCAGGUCAAUUCUAUCGAACUGGUCGGAGUUUCCAGGCCACAGAAACGUAAAAUCGACGAAGCUGAAUCCGGUCAUGAGGAUUCCAGCAACAAAAGUUCAGUCAUUUUAAUCGUUGUUCCAAGAACUAAGAAGUGA